UACUCUGUGGGACCUGCGCUCACCCUCAGGCUCCGGCUACCAACCAUGCUUUCUCUGACUGCAGUCUUGGUGGCAGUUGUCUGCGUUUUGAUUGUGUGGAUCUUUAAACCUGCUGACAGAAGCCUCCAGAAGAAGGAGAGGGAGCCUGAAGCCCGGCCCUGGGUGGAUGAAGACUUAAAAGACAGCACUGAUCAUCUCCACCAGGUGCAAGAAGAUGAAGAUGAAUGGCCAGAAUCAGAGGAAGAUGUUGAACACAUCCCAUUCUCCCAUACCCGGUAUCCUGAGAAAGAAAUGGCUAAGAGGUCACAGGAAUUUUAUGAGCUUCUCAAUAAGAGACGGUCGGUCAGGUUCAUAAGUAAUGAGCAAGUCCCAAUGGAAGUCAUUAAUAAUGUCAUCAAAGCAGCAGGAACAGCCCCAAGCGGGGCCCACACAGAACCCUGGACCUUUGUGGUGGUGAAGGACCCAGACACGAAGCAUAAGAUCCGGGAGAUCAUCGAAAAGGAAGAGGAAAUAAACUACAUGAAGAGGAUGGGACAACGAUGGGUCACGGACUUGAAGAAACUGAGAACCAACUGGGUGAAAGAAUACCUGGACACCGCCCCUGUUUUGAUUCUCAUUUUCAAACAAGUACAUGGGUUUACUGCAAGUGGCAAGAAAAAGGUCCACUACUACAAUGAGAUCAGUGUCUCCAUCGCAUGCGGCAUCCUGCUGGCUGCGCUGCAGAAUGCAGGGCUGGUGACAGUCACUACUACUCCCCUCAACUGUGGCCCUCCUCUGAGGAUGCUCCUGGGCCGCCCCCCACAUGAGAAGCUGCUGAUGCUGCUCCCUGUGGGUUACCCCAGCAAAGAGGCCACAGUGCCUGAUCUCAAACGGAAAGCGCUGGACCAGAUCAUGGUGACAGUGUAGGCCAGAGCCCGUCGGGGAGAUGCUCAGACAUCUGUUGCUCCUCUCAGUUCUCCCGGCUGCCCUUUCUCCUGGGCUCAGGUCUCUGCACUACAGUUCACAGGGACAGCCACUAUAUGUGUGAAGACUUGUCCACACCCUCCUGCCCUUUGAAUCAUCCAGUAAGUUGUUUCAGAUGGGCUGUGUGAUUUGGGGAACAUGUGGGCAAGAUACCAACAAGCAUUCACAUUUCUGUUUUUCACCCACUUUGGAAAUGCAUUUGUAUUUUACUAAGAAGCAUUCAGGUUUUUAAAACUAUUCUAGAAAAUCACUGGUGAUUGUUUUCUUUCACUUAAAAAUAUUUUACACGAAGAAGAGUCAUCAGAAAAUAGAAUGUAGUCCCAAGAAUUCAAUUAUGUGAUGAUUCUAGAAUUUAGACUGAUCAAACAGCUUUCUGCCCUCUGAUUUCGGGCAGCUUGAGAAAAGUGCUUUGGAUUUGCACUCUUUCACGGAACUUUAUGGAUACUCUGCCAGUGUUGAAUAAGUAACCAUUAAAACAACUAAAAUGUCACUCACAGAACAGGAGAGGGCAGGACUGCUGACGUGAAUCUGACUGGCAAUCAUUCAAGCAGAUCAACAAUGAGGAGCGCCGUCCAUGGGUGGGUUGGAGCUGCCUCCCCCCAGCUCAUGGAAACUGAUGAAUAUCCAGGAAUUGGCCAGCCAGUUAUGAAACCAUCUGGAGCUUGAAAAUUGUUUGUGGCGGGAAUGUUUCAACCACAGCCAUUGGCAGAUGCUAUGAGUUGGGGCUUGCUUAUUUUUCUUAAAAACAACUAUUUACCACACAGAGCACUUCUUUCCCACAAGACCCCAUGAAACACACUUACUUUUUUCUCCAAAUGACAGCUAAGCUAUUUGGGUUGAUGGAGUCACAUGUGCCCUGUUGGGGAUGACAGACCUAUCUUUCACCUGUCACCAGCUGUCCAAGGGCCUCCUCUACAAGGGCUUGCCCUCACAGCUCAGGCAAUUGCCCUCUAGCACCUCUAGUGUCCCUUAUUCCUUUCCACAGUCCCUUUCCUGUUCUAUUUCUAAAAACUCAGUUCCCUGGGGAAAAAAAAAAUCUGUUUUUCCACUUUUCAUUCCCCUUUGAGAGUCACACAAUGCAAGAAAAGCCCUCUGAGUCACUGAUGAGAACAAGAGUUGGUGACAACCCUUUCAUUGCUUUCAAAUCCAAUUAGACAUUACAGAAAUCUGUGCCUUUAACACUCAAAGUCUUUUGGAAUAUCCAGAAG